CCUCCUCUUUACCAGCCACCGCGCGUGCUGCUGGGGCCGACGCUAACACCCGCAUACGGAGUGCGGACCGCGGGAGUGUCGCUGCGCGCACCCUCGGUUAAUUUUUCUCCUGGUAGCCCAGCCUACGUUUCCCCCCUCCUGGCGAAGAAAAUAAUAGUGGCUUUUGGAGCUCUCUAUACUAUACGUGUUAGAGCCCCCUCCUCUUUCUCUCAUCUCUUCAGGAAGCUACAGAUAAUUCCGGAAUAUGGUACCUCUCCGUGUUAAUGCCAUGUGACAAGGCUUUUCAUCAUUUCUUGUAUUGACUGUCAAAAGUCGCUGCUGGGUUUUGUCAAGGUGCUCUGCCUGUUGUGGUGGUUAAACGGUGGCUAGGUGAAGGAACAAUAAAAAGACAGCCUUUGGGAUAAAUGGAAGUUUUGGCCGUUGGCUUGCUCCGUUGAGGCUGCUGCUGCUGCUGCUGGUGGUUUGGUGAUUGGUGCAGGGGGAAACUGCGUCGCCAGGUCUGAGAGGCUGGGGAUCUCGAGUCAUUAUAACAGAACCUGCUUUUCAAGAUAACAAGGUUUCCUCUCACGUUAUCAAAUGAUUACAGAUUUAUUCCUUUAAAUGAGCUGCCACAACCUCCAGCCCGUCAGCUCGUUUUAACGCGUCGGCGUUUGGAUGCGGUUUGUUUUCUCCACGGCUCAACGUCUCUACUCGUCCAGAACAUGAUUUAAUGUUGGGAGGAAUUUCAACAGGGCACCAGUCUAUGACUACCCAGGAAUCUCUUCCUCUUUUCAUCUACAGGCAAGCAUUACACUCUCAAGAGAACACAUAAAGACAGAGAUCACCGGGAAUUUCCUUCACCACCUUACAGAUGGACUAAAAAAGGAAGCUUCUGUUUUCGGGAUUUUAACUCAGUUUGCUCUCGCGCAGAGAGCUGUAGUUUUUCUCGGUUUCUGGGGGAAAAUAUUUCUGGACAUAAUGAAAGUUAUAUCGGCUGUGUUGCUCGUUGCCGUUUUUUGGAGCCAGGAGUGGAAGUCGACACUCUCGGAUUCAAUCAUUCACAUCGGUGCCAUCUUUGAUGAGUCAGCACGGAAAGAUGAUGAGGUGUUUCGCCUUGCUGUGGCGGAUCUCAAUUUAAACAACGAGAUUUUGGAGACAGAGAAGAUCACCAUCUCUGUGGAGUUCGUUGAUGGGAACAACCCUUUCCAGGCUGUGCAAGAAGCCUGUGAGCUGAUGAACCGUGGAAUCCUGGCUCUGGUCAGUUCAAUUGGCUGCAUGUCGGCAGGCAGCCUUCAAACUCUAGCUGAUGCCAUGCACAUCCCCCACCUCUUUAUCCAGCGCUCCCCAGCGGGAACACCCCGUUCAGCCUGCCCACCGACCAGUCGAGUCCCUGGAACAGAUGACUACACCUUAAUGGUUCGCCCACCUGUCUAUCUCAAUGAGGUCAUCAUGCAAGUGGUAUCUGAGUAUAGCUGGCAGAAGUUUGUUCUCUUCUAUGAUUCUGAUUUCGAUAUCCGUGGCAUUGAGGAUUUCCUUGACAGUACUUCUCAGCAGGGGAUGGAUGUAUCCCUUCAGAAAGUGGAAUCCAACAUUAACAUGAUGAUCACGAGUCUGUUCAGAACAAUGCGUGUGGAGGAGCUGCAUCGCUAUAGGGAUACACUACGCAGAGCUGUGUUGUUCAUGAGCCCAGCUACGGCCAAAGCGUUUAUUACCGAGGUGGUGGAGACAAACCUGGUGGCCUUCGAUUGUCACUGGAUCCUGAUUAACGAGGAGAUCUCGGACUAUGACUUGCAGGAGUUAGUCAUGAAGUCUAUCGGUCGGCUGACGUUGGUGCGCCAGAUGUUCCCAAUGCCCCAGAACACAACCCAGCGCUGUGUCAAACACAACCAUAGAAUUAACACUUCCCUCUGUGACCUUAAAAACCCAAAGGCUCAGCAGCUAGAGAUCACCAACCGCUACAUCUAUGAUACAGUCUUACUGCUGGCCAAUACCUUCCACAGAAAGUUGGAGGACAGGAAAUGGCACAGCAUGGCCAGUCUGAGCUGCAUCAGGAAGAACUCCAAACCAUGGCAGGGAGGCAAGAGUAUGCUGGAUACUGUCAAAAAGUUCGGGGUGAGCGGCCUGACCAGUUUCUUGGAGUUCACUGACAACGGCACUAACCCCAACAUCUUCUUUGAAAUCUUGGGCACAAAUUAUGGAGAAGAUAGAGGACGGGGAGUCAGUAGGCUAGCCACAUGGGACCCAGUUCAUGGAUUGAAUGGCACUCUGACAGACAGAAAAUUGGAAAACAACAUGAGGGGAGUUGUGCUACGAGUUGUCACUGUUCUGGAGGAGCCGUUUGUAAUGGUGUCAGAGAAUGUUCUUGGGAAACCAAAGAAGUACCAGGGCUUUUCCAUCGAUGUCCUGGAUGCUCUGUCAAACUACCUGGGCUUUAAGUAUGAGAUCUAUGUUGCUCCAGACCACAAAUAUGGCAGCUUGCAGCCUGAUGGUCAAUGGAAUGGACUGAUGGGCGAAUUAGUCUUCAAGCGAGCUGAUGUGGGACUUUCUGCCUUGACCAUCACGCCUGAGCGAGAGAGCGUUGUGGACUUCACCACACGCUACAUGGAUUAUUCUGUGGGCGUUCUGCUGCGCAAGGCUGAGCGCACAGUGGACAUGUUUGCCUGCCUGGCACCCUUCGACCUGUCACUGUGGGCGUGCAUCGCAGGCACCGUGCUCCUCGUUGGCAUCCUGGUGUACUUGCUCAACUGGCUCAACCCACCUCGGCUCCCCAUGGGAUCUGUGUCUUCAACAACGCUGUACAACUCCAUGUGGUUCGUGUACGGCUCGUUUGUACAACAAGGUGGAGAGGUGCCUUACACCACCCUAGCUACAAGGAUGAUGAUGGGGGUUUGGUGGAUGUUUGCUCUAAUUGUCAUAUCCUCAUAUACUGCCAAUCUAGCAGCUUUCCUCACAAUCACGCGUAUAGAGAAUUCUAUACAGUCUCUGCAAGACUUAUCCAAGCAGACAGAGUUGCCUUACGGUACAGUGUUGGACUCUGCAGUUUAUGAUCAGGUGCGCUCCAAGGCAAUGAACCCCUUUGAAAGGGAUCCCAUGUACUCCCAAAUGUGGCGGAUGAUUAACCGCACAGGAGGAGGCGAUAAUAACGUUGAGGAGUCAAAAGAAGGCAUUCGCAAGGUGAAGUAUGGCCGGUUUGGUUUUGUGUGGGAUGCAGCAGUGCUGGAGUACGUUGCUAAUAAUGAUGAGGAUUGCUCCUUCUACACCGUCAGCAACAACGCACCAGACCGUGGAUACGGUAUCGCCAUGCAGCACGGCAGCCCCUACAGGGACAUUUUCUCCCAGAGAAUCUUGGAACUCCAGCAGAACGGUGACAUGGAUAUACUAAAACUCAAGUGGUGGCCCAAGGACAGCCCCUGUGACCUCUACAGUUCAGUCCAGACACGACAGCGUGGCAGUGCCCUUGAUAUCCACAGCUUUGCUGGCGUUUUCUGCGUCCUGGCUGCUGGCGUGGUGCUUUCCUGUCUCAUUGCCAUGGUGGAAAGCUGGUGGUCACGAAGGAAGGGAUCCAGGGUCCCCUCCAAGGAGGACGAUAAGGAGAUCGACCUGGAGCACCUACACCGCCGGGUUAACAGCUUGUGCACCGAGGACGAAAGCCCCCACAAGCAGUUCUCCACCUCUUCCGUCGAUUUAACACCCCUUGACAUGGAUGCGCUACCUGCUGCCCGCCAGGCGCUUGAGCAGAUCAGCGAUUUCCGCAACACCCACAUCACCACCACCACCUUCAUCCCUGAGCAGAUCCAGACCCUAAGCCGUAGCCUCUCUGCCAAAGCCGCCGCUGGAUUUUCUGCUGGUUUCAGUAGCGGUGGCAGUGGCGGGGGUGUCCUCCAGGACCACCGGACUGGUGGGGUGGGCCCUUUCAGGCAGAGGGCCCCCAAUGGUGGCUUCUUCCGCAGCCCCAUUAAAACAAUGUCCUCCAUUCCCUACCAGCCCACAGGUCCAGGACCCAACUUUGGCUAUGGCAAUGAUCCAGACAGGGGCACCUCCAUAUGAGGAGUUGCUAAGGUUGUUUCAGGAAGAAGAGUUAUAUGCAGGAGGAGGCGAGGUGGUUCUAGUCAGUCAUAGGUGGUAGAACAGAUAUGAUGUGGCUAAGUUCGAAAGUCAGAAGGUGGAGAUCUGUGUACAUAGGAAUCUUUCUGUUUUCAGUUUCAGCUGGGGUGUUUCCAGGGGUGUCUAUUUUAUACAUGGGGAAGUCAAAGGAGGUGGAAGUCUGUUGGGGUGUUCCUCAUUUGUGCAAACCACGGUGGUGAGGUGCAAGAGGGGAAAGGGUGCGGGAGGGGGCUUGACUCUUUGCUUUAUUGUUGUUGUUCUUGUGAUUGGGGGAUUAUUUUUGAGAUGUGUGUGAAAGGGAAUCUUGUUUUUUUUAUUGUUUCAGUUUUAUGACAUGGGAUCUGCCUCAUGUUACGGGAUCUGAUGAAACAACCUGACUCCUAUUACUAUCUAAACUCCCGUCUCGGAGGGUUUAGUUUAUACUAGUUCAGCUCCAGGAAAUACUCUUAUAUUCUUGUUAGCUCCAGGGCUGUCAUUUGUGGAUGACUGGUGAUCUCUUUAGCCAUGAAACAACUUCAAGGGGGCUUCUACUACUAAGCAAUUAUGGGGCUGUUAUUUUGUGAAGGUAUAUAAAACACAUAUACUUUUGUCAGUGGCCCUCGGAAUACAUACAGUACACAGCCCGUGUAGUGUUUUGAAAAGGCCCCAACUCAAUGAAUAUUGGAAGAAUCCACUUCGCCAGUUUAACUCUGCCUUUUCACGCUGUUUUCUCUUUUCUGGUGGCGUUUCACCAAUACCUGGGGCUCUAAAUCUGUAAUCAUCUCCAAGAUGGUGUCCACACUGUGGCCUGACUAAAGAGAAGGCUGAACACAUAGCGACACCUUCCUGGUGCAUCGAUCUGGAAACUGUUGAAAUGCCAUGACAGUGCAACAGUAUGACACUGUAGAAAUUGCCAGUUUGGUGCAUCAAUCUUAAACUACUUCUGCCAUUUUUUUUUCUUUUUUUUGGUGCAUCAGCUUGAAACUGUUUUCACCAUUCUGAUGCACAUUAAACUCUUUGUCAAUCCCACUGCACUGUACCAGUGCCCACAGACCUGUAAGUGAUUGUAUGUAGAUCUGACCUUUUCUUUUCUCACCUGUACUGUGCUAUCUGCUUUUCAAGUCAAGGUGAGAUCCUCUAAUCUGACUCUAAGAGGUAUAGUAAAAAGCAGCUUAAAAAAAAAACUAAAAAAAACCCAUAAAGGACAAGCUGAAAGACUUCAAAAAGCUUAUGCUUAUUAUAUGUCUUUUAUUGAAUUUUGUUUUUGGAAAAAAAAAUAGAUUUUAAUGCGUGGAAUGUGUUUUGGUCAGGAAGUACAAGAAAAAAAUUAACAUUGUUCUAAGCUGUCUAUGUUGUUUUUUUAUUUUUCAGCAAAUUUUGAAAAACUGCUAAAUGAGUGCUGUAGUCUCUGGUUUUGCAUCAUUAAGUCAUUCAGACGUUUGAUUUUUGUUUUUUCUUUGUUUUGCUUACUUUUAGUGCUACCAUGGCUCGGGUGUUUAAAAAAAGAUAAAAUGUCACUCUGUAAUGUCAUCAAGUUCAUGAAUCACUUCUUAUCAGGUUCAAGUGGUGAAAUGGAGUUUUAUUUUGUGUUGAGGAGAAGCCAUUGCAACAGCAUCUUCAGUGCAGGCCUUACGUGACAACUAGUUCGCUGUAACCUCCCAGCUUCCAGUUAAACCCAAUAUAUCAGUGUACUGGGACUAUUUAAGAAGAACAGAUCAGUGGUUGUGCUGCGGGUGAUGGGAAAGUUAUGAAGAUCCAAAGGCCAUCACAACUCAAUGGCUGCCUUUUGCGAGACGAGUCCAAAAUGCGGUUCUGUUUCAUACUUUUCAUGUUAAGGGUACUGUUUAUAUAACUUUUUGUUUGUGUGUCUGUUUGUUUGUUUGUUUUUUUAAGUGCCAAUUAAUUAAAAUGAGACCAUUAAGGUGCAUUUUGGGGUGGGGAAUGGUACACUGAGAGCAUUAAAGGAAUAUUUUAUGGGUCACGGGAGGGGGGUGGGCGGGGUUGGUAAAACGGAACCAAACCUUUUUCACUAACGCUGUAUUAAUAAUUGAUAACGAUAGUUGUUUAGAACAAGUUUUCAGUUUGUUAUCUUAAAGAACUAAAACUGCAAAAUGUUGUGUGUAGAGAAUUCAGUCACGCCACAGUGUUUUGAAGCAAGCGUUCUUAGGCAUUCUUUUCUUAUAUUAGGCUACAGUAUGGCUAUCGAAUGACAAAUAGGACACAGACAUUUAAAAAUUUUUAUUUAGUAUAAACGAAAGAGACAUUAUAAAAAUGUAUAUUUUACAUGUCAAUGCUAUUUUUGUUUAACAAAAAGAAAAGAGUAUAUCACAUUGGGCUUUGGUGUUGAGUUUGAGCAGUCACAUUGCUGCAUUUGGCUUUUCCCUUGUCUUGCCCAUGGUAAACAUGAACACACACGAACCGUUUGCUUUUCUCAUGUCAUCCUGAGUUCAUUUUAUUAUUUGCUAGCUAAAUAACGAAAAGUGGCAAGUUCACUAAAAAGAAAGCAUGCACAAACUUGCUGUUUUGCUAUCUGUUAACAUUUUUAAUUUCAUACAUAGAACUACAGGAUUUACUUGAUAAUUUUCAAAAAUUUAUGAUGUACAGUAUUUAAUAUAGGCCUAUUUUGUUGUAUGUGUUGCAUAUUAUUCAAAAACCGAACAAACUGGGGCCUCUGUUACAAGUGGCAAAGCUUUCUGUGUAUAAUUUGUCUAAUAAACAGGUUUUCUACAGUG